AGUACUCCUUCGUGAGCGAUCGUGUUAGCUCGCGUCAUUUGUACCAUUCUCAAAUAGGCAUAUCCGACCUUUUUUUUGGCGCGAAUCACUGGCAUGGCGGCUACAGAAGAAUUAACCGGGAUCCUUUCUAGGAGACAAGAAAUCAACGAUAAACUAGAGGAGGGACUCGAGGUCAAACCUAAAUAUAAAUUCGUAAAUGUGUACACGGAGUUUCACGAGUUCUCCAGGAAGGAAAUAAAACAAUAUGAGGAAACAUUUAACAAGUUUGAUGAAGGGCGAGAUGGUUUCCUCGAUCUAACAGAAGUGAAACGCAUGAUGGAGAGGCUGGGCGCACCACAGACUCACCUGGGGCUUAAGGCGAUGAUAGCCGAGGUGGACGAAGACGGCGACAACAGAAUCAGUUUCAGGGAAUUCUUACUUAUAUAUAGAAAAGCACGUGCUGGAGAACUCGAAACAGACUCCGGUUUAGAAGCAUUUGCGAGAUUAACAGAAAUUAAUGUCGACCAAGUCGGUGUAAACGGGGCCAAAACUUUUUUCGAAGCUAAAAUCGAGGAGCUCUCAAAAUCAAACAAAUUUCACGACGAAAUAAUUCAAGAACAGGAAGAGAAGCGGCGAGAGGCCGAAGAAAAAGCGAUGCGGCGGCAGAGAUUCAAAGAAAAAGCAGCUCUAUUUCAACAAUAAUAAAAAACAGUAUUAUAAAGCAUAUUCUAGUCUGUAAGCUGUUACCAUGGCUUAAGGAAAUAUUGCAACAAUAUGAUUGAAAAAAAUAAAUAGAAUCUCCAAUUACAGUGGAACCAUUAAGGAUUAAAGGAGAAGCACAGGGAAAUCAUGGCACUAAUAAAGUAUGAAAAUAUAUUAAUUAGAAAAGUAGGUAGUUCCUGUCAAAACAAAUCAAUAUCGAUGUUGCUUGGCUUUAAUAUAAUAAAAUAUCUUAUUUUUAGAACAAUUUGUUAAAUAAUGGGAAGUAUAAAAAUAAAAAUGAUUCCUAAUAUAUUAAUAGAAUCAUGUUUAUGGUACAAUAAAAUCACCUACAUGAGAAUAAUUAAGUAGAAACAAAACAUUAUUAUAUCUUUACCCAGCAUCUUACUUGGAAUACAAAGAUGUGCCUAAUCAUUAGUUUGUGAAUAAGAAUAUAUUAUUAUCCCAAAUGCCUAUUUAUAUGUUUUGAUUCAGUUUUAUAUUAAUUUAUAAAAGUAGGUUUACAUCAAAUGAAAGAUCCACAUGUCACUAGAAUUGUGCUUUAAGUGCCCUAGAUAUAUUAAUGCAUCAUCAAGUGUGCUAGGUUGAAUGUUUUAUUUGACAUUUGUCUCUUCCAGUGUUAUGUGAUUUGCUAUGUAUUUUCUGUCAGGUAUUCACCAACAUUGAAACAGAUAAUAAUGAAGUGGUGUGGAGGCAGAACAUAAUGCCAUAAUAGAAAACAAAAUGUCUCUGGUGUCUAAAAGAUUUAUUUUAUUAAAGCAAUUAAAUUUUAAGAAACAGAAGUGAACUUAUGCCCAUUAUUUAAUUUAAUAAAAAAUCACAAAUCAAUACUGUCUUGAGUAUGAUAACUAAGAUUGUAUAUAGUAUUUUAAAAAUAAGCUAAAUAAAUAUUAUAGUUGUUAAUAAACAAAGAGUUUUAUAAUCCCAUAUUAUUAACCAAUGUCUUUUUAUUCAUGAAUUUGCUAAAAGAUGUUACAUUAAAGAUUGAAUGUUGCCUUUCGUAAUACUAUUAUUGUUUAGUAGUUUACAUUUUAUUAUACUUUUAUGUGAUGUUAAAUAUAAUAAUGUAAAAGAAUUUGAAUAAAACAUUUUAUGUACAGAUU